AGUCUGGAUCCUCUAAUGUGGACCAUGCAGAACCAACCCAGCCUAUAAAUAACACUGACAAAUUUCAUGAGGAAAAGAACACUGAACCUGAGCACAACAAGGGGAGGCGACGUGAAAUGAAGACCAAUACUACAGCAGGGGGCUUCUUCCUAAAAGUCAUGCCAGGGUUGCUGUUGUUGGCUCUGUUGUGUCCAACCAUGGCGUCUUCUACACAGUUGUCCGCAAUGGACUCUUGCGGGCCCGAGCAUGCAGCUCUGAAGCGCAGCAUAAGGAAACUGGAGAACAAACUCUUGAUUGGGACUUGGCAGGUUGAGCACUUUCGGACACACAAAAACUUCCAACCAUUUCAACCUGCUGAACCUGAAAGUGACUCAGCCCCCAGUGUAAACCACAACACCAGUGGGACAUCAGACAGCUCUGAUAUGACGCAGAUGAAACCACUGCCACCAGCAGGCAAUUUAAUCGUCCAUGACAAAGACUGUUCUGAGCUGUUUGACAGGCUGAGACCAUCAAGUGGUUUCUACCGCAUCAGACCCAAAUCGCACCAGGACCCUUUUUUGGUCUACUGUGACAUGGAGGAUGGAGGAGGGUGGACAGUGUUUCAGAAGCGUCGGCAUGGAAAAGUUGACUUCAACAGAGACUGGGUGGACUACAGAGAUGGCUUUGGUGACUUCAAACUGUGGAAUGAUGAGUUUUGGUUGGGGAAUGAACACAUUUAUUCUCUUCUUGCAGAAGGUAAGAACCUGGUGAAGAUAGAUUUAAUGGACUGGGACGGACAGAGAAAUUAUGCAUUUUAUGAGAACUUUAAGAUCACCAAUGAGGCCGAUAAGUAUCGUCUCCAGUAUGAGCUGUACAGUGGGAAAGCUGGAGAUGCUCUGACUGGUGGUGGAGGGAUGGUGGAGCAGUGGUCUACUUCACUCAGUGGCAUGCAGUUCAGCACUAGAGAUCAGGACAAUGACCGCUACCUUCAGGGCAGCUGUGCUCAGGAGAAUAAGGCAGGAUGGUGGUUCAACAGGUGUCAUGCAGCCAACCUAAAUGGGAAGUUUUACCGCAGUGGGAAGUACAAGGGUCAGAAUGACAACGGUGUGGUGUGGGGAACCUGGAAAGGCCUUUGGUAUUCCCUCAGACACACCACCAUGAAGGUGAGGCCUCUGGUUUUCUUGGACGCCAUGGGCAGUGGAGCAGGAGAUAUUUAAAAACACCAGGCUUCCAGUUCGCUUGUGAAUGAGGGCAAAGAUUGAUUUCAUAUAUAUUGACUGUUCUUGCUGAUAGUACAUUGUCUUCUGUUUUCCAGUAAGCAUUUCUUUCUAUAAAGUGUAUUAUAAUACUCAAACAAUAAAAACAAACAGCAUCUCUCAA